AUAAUGGUGCGCAUGAAUGUCCUGGCAGAUGCUCUUAAGAACAUCAACAAUGUCAAAAAGAGAGGUAAAUGCCAGAUUCUUACAAGGCCAUUCUCCAAAGUCAUUGUCCGGUUCCCAACUGUGAUGACGAAGCAUGGUUACAUUGGCAAAUUUGAAAUCACCGAUGAUCACAGAGUUGGGAAAAUUGUUGUGAACCUCACGGGUAGGUUAAACAAGUGUGGAGUGAUCAGCUCCAGGUUCGAUGUGCAACUCAAAGAUCUAGAAAAAUGGCAAAAUAAUCUGCUCCCAUCCUGCCAGUUUGGUUUCACUGUACUGACAACUUCAGUUGGCAUGAGGGACCACAAAGAAGCAAAAAGAAAACACACAGGAGGGAAAGUCCUGAGAUUCUUUUUCUAG